AUUCGUCUCCCGAUCAACCAUGUCCGUCCAGACUGCAUACAUCCCCUGCUCCCCCGUCAACACCCCCACCCUGCCCCAGGGCACCACCGCCAUCCCCAUCGCUGACGCCUCUCUCUGGCCUGUGGGGUCUGUCCAGUCUGUCUUGUCGUUCGAUGGUCCGCUUGAUGAAGGAAGGCUCAAGAAAGCUGUAGGGAUACUGUCGGGAGUAUGGCCGACUUUGGCUGGUAGGUAUGAGAAAGUGAAGGAGGGAGAGAAGGACAGGUUCCAAAUCAAACUCACCUCUUCCCCGAUCCCAUUCGAGACCCAAACCAUCGAGCGCGAUCAAGCCUUCCCAAACAAGCAAGUCGUCCAGCCCUUGCUUGACCCUUUCCUGCCUCCUCUCGGCAAAGACUUUCACCGUCCCAACUCUGACGCGCACCUCUUCGCCCUCCGCCUUACCACUCUCAUGCCCAGUGGCAACUCGGUGCUCGGAGUCGAGAUGAGUCACGUCUUCUCUGACGGCGAGACGAAGAGCAAGCUUCUCCAUCUGCUCGACACAUUCUAUGUGUAUGGCGAGAAGGCGGUUGGCGACCUUCAGAAGUACUCGGGUUAUGACUUGCCCACGUUUUUGCCUCAAAUCGGGCCUUUGCCAAGCUACGACCCAGCGUGGAACAUCCCUAGUACCAUGAAUGAGGGACAUGACUUUUUGCCAAUGAUCCAAGCUUAUACCGCCGCUAUCACCCAGUCAGUGCAAGUCGUCUUUGACCUCCAGCAAUCAGAGCUUCGAGCUUUGACGGAUCGGUACCAGGAGGAAGCUGGGAUCAAGAUUUCGGAGGCUGAUGCUCUUUCGGCUUGGUGGAUUGCGUUGAUGGCGAAAGUGGGGGUGGAUGAUGUGAAGAGUGUGAUCUAUGUUUGUAGCUACCGCACAUGGUCGCCCUCACACCCGUCCUUCCCCGAGAACCUCCCAACCCUUGCAGCCAACGUCGCCUCCAUGACCCACCUUCCCAUCCCUCUCUCGUCUUCCGCCACCCCUGCCGCCAUCGCCAAGUCCAUCCGCGAAGGCGUCUCUUCCCUCCGAAAUUCGCCUGAAGAGACUCUGAAGUGGCUCUCUACUGCGGGAUAUCAUCUGAGGAAAGCAGCGGAGGAGGAGAAGGGUCAGAUCUACUUGCCGGGGGAGAAUGAGGUCAGUAUCAACUCUGGUUCGAGGAUGGACUGGAGUACCUCAUUCGGAUUCGAACCUUACCAAGUAUCGUUCCACACGACCUUCUCCGUCCCGAGGUUCCUCAGGAUCUUCAGAGCGAACCCGAAGAAGGGAGAGGAGAAGGGCGAAAGAGUGGAGUUGACGUUCAGUGUGGCUGAUGAGGAGGUGAAGAAGAGGGUGGAGCAGCUCGUGGCAGAAGAGAGGCAGAGCUGGACAGGAGACUGA